AUGCUGAUUGCUCAUACUCCAGAGGACAAGAUCAGGGAGGAUCCCCUGAAAUCCAGCGAACCGCAGCUCAAAGAGAUGCGACGGCUGGCCAGGGGAAGCGAGGUCCCAUGGCAGGCAACUCAACAGAUGGAGUCGGAUAUGGAUGUAGCGGCUAUGAGGAAAACCACAGAACGUAAACUAGUGAGUAGCGAAAUUCGGAAGCAGAGCAAGGAGAAGGCUACCGACGAUAACUACACCGUAAAGCAAAGAAUACAGGAGAAAUACAUCAAGAGUAGUUUCGCGGAGAAUAGAAGGAAGUCUUGUAAAGCGUGUUUUAUCAAACACGAUAGGAAAGACUGUCGAUUCUUUAAGGCGACGUGCUUCGUAUGUGGUAGGAAAGGACACAUAGCAGAAGUCUGUUUGAGCUCAAGUGAAAUUUACAUUAAGCGCAAAACUGUGAUGGAAGUGGACAGAAUUGGGGAGAUACUAACUAGUGAUCGAAACACAAAGACUGUGGAAAUUGUGGAUAAUUGUGGAAAUUGA